AUGUGGGGUAACCGAGUAGAACAACAAGGAGCGGGGGUUUCAAGCACAAACAAAGCAUUUGUCUACCCAGGCAACAGCAUACUUUCGAAGGCGGAGGAUGUCGCGCUUGCAUUCAAUAGGUGCCCGUACACGCAAGAGUCUACGAGAGUACCACGCUUGGGGCAGCAGAUGAGUCGGACUGGCAGCAAGGGGUUAACUUUAGUCACUCUAAUAGACGGUGCUCUUGGGUGUGAAGUAACCGUCCGAGAGAUGGACAAAGUGUCGGAUGUUGCUAAAUCAGUACGAUCCUGGUUGAUCCUUGGUGCGAAACUACUCACCGGCGUGGUUUUCAGCCCCCUAAUAGACGCGCUCCGUAGAAACAGGCCAUGA